GGUCAUUUGAGAAAUUAGGGGCACUCAUGCAAAAUUAAAUUGAAUAAUUUUAUACAUUAUCUAAUAACGUGAUUGAAAGCUAUUUCAUUUUAUUAUUGGUAGCGAUGGUAUGAAGAUCGAGACAAUUUUUUGAUUCCCGCUGCCUGCCUGCUGUACAGUGUACACAUUGCUGCGUAGUGCGUGUGCAGCGCAAGUUUCUGUGCUAAUAUUUAAUUUGACAACCGCGCAGCCCGAGUAAGGUGAAAGUUCAUAUUAUUUUCUGAAUUUAUUUUAGUACACCGUAGUUUAAAGUUACGUUUUACGAUAAGGAAAGUUUAUGACUGGAUAAACUACUGCACUAAAACAUAACCCUGUAUUUCGAUGAGUAGGAAAAUUUGCACAUUUCUCACGGAAAAUGGUGCGAGCUUGGUACAUGGAUGAUUCUAAAGAAGAUCAAAGAGCAGAACAUCAUAAGACUCCUCCAGAAUUCAUUGAUGUAAAAGAUUUAUAUAAAAUCACAGGAGUGGAAUAUUUCACGAUCAACCCACAAACUUACACUGAAGAUGGUGAGCUUGAAUCUAUAAAACGUAAACGUGGAUAUACAUAUGAAGAUCAAAUUGUAUGCUCAAGGGAAUGUUUACCAAACUACGAAGAGAAGCUUCGAAAUUUCUUCACUGAACAUUUACAUACUGAUGAAGAAAUAAGAUUGUGUUUAGAAGGAUCUGGCUAUUUUGAUGUUCGGGAUAAACAAGAUCAAUGGAUUCGUAUUGAAGUUGUUCCUGGUGACAUGAUUAUUAUACCUUCUGGGAUUUAUCAUCGGUUCACUCUUGAUUCUAAGAACUUCAUUAAAGCCAAAAGAUUUUUCAUUGGUGAGCCUGUGUGGACGCCACACAAUAGACCAGCUGAUGAAAUGGAGUGUCGCCAGAAUUAUUUGAAGCGCCUAGAUAAUGGAUUUGAAGAAUGAUUACACUUACACUUAAAAACUAUAUGAUUUACAAUGAAAUUCUAUAAAGCAUAUAUUUUAGGAUGUAUAAUGCCUUACUUAGGGAGAAAUGAUGAAAUGCUCUGUAAUGGCAAAUUACAUUAAACUAAAAUUGUAUAUAUUCUUUUGAAACAAAAGGUAAAUAUUCAUGAAACCUUGGCAGCUUUGGUUAUUACCUAAUACCUGUGUGUUGCUUUGUGAUCAAACAAUCUCUUUACCAUAAACUUGUACCUGAAUUUAUAAUUGCAAAUGUGUUGUGAGAAAUUAGAAAUGAAGUGCAACAGCUGCCUAUCAAAACCUGUAUAUGAGUAGAAAUUCUUGCUAAACCAGAUUUUGGUGAAACCGAUGGCAUCUAUUGAAAUUUUGUAUUGAUUUGUUUUUUUUGCAUUUGUAUAGAUUUUCCUGAAAUUUGUUUCUCUUCAUAUUGCCUGUUUACACAUAAAAUGUAAACUUUAGAGAACAAUUUAUUAGGAUGGGUGAUUUAUUAGGUUAUUAAUUGUCUUGAAUUUUUAUAAAGAAUCCUUUGGGUUUGAAAGCCAAACAUUUUUGUGAAAAUCUUGUAUUUUCUCUAGAGAGCAUAUUUGUAUACAUAACUUUUAUAUAUAUAAUGUGUUGAUUGGCAGCACAAUCAAAUGGUUACUGGGUAAAUUUUAUUACUAUAUAUCAAAAUAAAACUAUUUUGCAUUUUAUAUCAUUCUAUUUCUUUCAUAAAUCCAUUCAUCCUCAACUCCUGAAUUUUUAUUAGCAACAGUAACACAUUAUAUAAAGGUUAGGUUUUUCACUGAAAACACAGAAAACUAUGUUUAAAUGCUAUUGAUUUUUUAAUUGUUUAUGGAACCAAUUGUGCAUUAAUAAACCAAUAAUUCUUUGCUUAAGUUGUAAAUAAUUUUUCAUGUUCAUAUUUUUAAAGCUUAUGGCAUUUUUGUGCAGAUAAACAGAAAACUUCCAGUAAUAUUAAUUUUCACUGGAUUUUCUUGAGAUUAGUAAUCAACUGAAUCUAUUUCUUUAAGGGUCUGAAAAUUAAGAUGAGUAGAGAAUGAAAUUGCAUUUACAAUAUUGUAAGUUGUAGAAUUUCUUUGCAUUGACUAGGGUAGAGUGGUUAUGUCUCAAAACUCAACAAUUUGGACUAAUAUUUUUAAAGUCUGGGCAGCUACCAUCAUUUAGUGAAAUUAUCUAGGGCUGGUCUGGAAAUUAUUAAGAAUUAUCAAUUCAUUACAUCUUGAGUCAAAUGAAAGAGAUUCAUUCCAGACCAUGAAGAUAUGGUAUAUCCUCAUACACAUAAAAAUGUACAUUAAUGGGAUCAAUAUAUUUUUGCCUACAAAAUUUACAGGAUUGAAGAGUUUGUUUAAAUGGAGUACAUUCCUUUCUCAAAUUAUGAACAUUCCAUCUCUCAAAAAGAGUUCCAAAAUAUUGUUUGAACAUGUCAAAAACAUUUUUAUAUAAAUUCAAAUUAUGAUUUUCAUG